AUUUCAAUAACAAGCUUUUGUUUGGGUCGCGGUCUGGUUGCUUCUAUUUGUGAUAAAAUUGCCUAUUUUGACCCUCUCUAAGGGUCGCUGCACUUUUAGUGCACUUUUGAUCGCUUGAGUAACAACCCCUACGUCAAAAUGGACCGAUCUUUCGACCUGGACGACGAACCCAUGGAUGCGGACGAAGACAACGAAGAAAUUUCGUCCGAACUUUGGCAAGAAGCUUGCUGGAUUGUCAUCAACGCAUACUUUGAUGAAAAAGGCCUUGUGAGGCAGCAGCUCGACUCCUUCGAUGAGUUCAUUCAGAUGUCUGUCCAACGUAUUGUCGAAGACUCUCCUCAGAUCGAGCUCCAAGCAGAAGCGCAGCACACCUCAGGAGAAAUUGAAACACCUCCAAAAUAUUUGUUGAGAUUUGAACAAAUUUACUUAUCGAAACCAACACAUUGGGAAAAGGAUGGAGCCCCUUCACCUAUGAUGCCCAAUGAGGCUCGGCUUAGAAACUUAACUUACUCAGCCCCUUUGUAUGUGGACAUCACUAAAACAGUUGUCAAAGAAGACGAGGAACCAAUUGAGACGCAGCACCAAAAGACGUUUAUUGGAAAAAUUCCAAUUAUGUUGAGAUCUACAUACUGUCUUCUCAAUGGCUUAACUGAUCGAGAUUUGACUGAGUUGAACGAAUGUCCUCUUGACCCUGGCGGUUAUUUCAUCAUCAACGGAUCUGAAAAAGUGCUCAUCGCUCAAGAGAAAAUGGCUACCAACACAGUUUACGUUUUUGCAAUGAAAGAUGGCAAGUUUGCAUACAAGGCAGAAAUUCGCUCUUGCCAAGAACACAGCUCAAGACCAACAUCCACACUCUGGGUUAACAUGAUGGCCCGAAGUGGACAGAGCAUUAAGAAGUCGGCCAUUGGUCAGAGGAUCAUUGCAAUUCUCCCAUACAUCAAGCAGGAAAUCCCAAUCAUGAUUGUCUUCCGUGCCCUGGGAUUUGUGGCCGAUCGAGAUAUUCUGGAGCACAUCAUCUAUGACUUUGACGAUCCAGAAAUGAUGGAAAUGGUCAAGCCAUCUUUGGAUGAAGCUUUUGUAAUCCAAGAACAAAACGUUGCCCUUAACUUUAUCGGAGCAAGAGGUGCCAGGCCAGGUGUAACGAGAGAAAAGAGAAUCAAGUAUGCGAGAGAAAUUCUGCAGAAAGAAAUGCUUCCUCACGUUGGUGUGUCGGACUUCUGUGAAACAAAAAAGGCGUACUUUUUAGGUUACAUGGUCCACCGCCUUCUAUUGGCUGCUCUGAGCAGAAGAGAGUUGGAUGACAGAGAUCACUACGGAAACAAGAGACUUGAUCUUGCUGGCCCUCUUCUAGCCUUCCUCUUCAGAGGACUUUUCAAAAACUUGCUGAAGGAAGUCAGAAUGUACUCUCAAAAGUUCAUUGACCGCGGAAAAGAUUUCAAUCUGGAGCUUGCCAUCAAAACCAAAAUCAUCACUGACGGCUUGAGAUACUCGCUGGCCACAGGAAACUGGGGUGACCAAAAGAAGGCCCAUCAGGCCAGAGCUGGAGUGUCCCAGGUGUUGAAUCGACUGACCUUUGCCUCCACCCUUUCUCAUCUUCGUCGUGUUAACUCGCCUAUUGGUCGAGACGGCAAACUUGCCAAACCUCGUCAGUUGCACAACACCCUUUGGGGCAUGAUUUGUCCGGCCGAAACUCCCGAAGGUGCUGCUGUCGGGUUGGUGAAGAAUCUGGCCCUGAUGGCUUACAUCUCGGUCGGCUCCCAACCAUCGCCAAUUCUUGAGUUCUUGGAGGAAUGGAGCAUGGAGAACUUGGAGGAAAUAGCACCUUCGGCCAUCUUGGAUGCAACCAAGAUUUUUGUCAACGGCUGCUGGGUCGGCAUUCACAGAGACCCUGAACAGCUGAUGGCUACGCUGAGGAAGCUGAGACGUCAGAUGGACAUCAUUGUGUCUGAGGUGUCCAUGAUUCGCGACAUUAGAGAUAGGGAGAUCAGGAUCUACACUGACGCAGGACGAAUCUGUCGACCUCUUUUGAUCGUCGAAAAUGGCAACUUGCUCCUAAAAAAAAGACACAUUGAUAUGCUCAAGGACAGAGAUUACAAUAACUAUGGUUGGCAGUAUUUGGUUUCGAGCGGUGUGGUUGAGUACAUUGAUACUUUAGAAGAGGAAACGGUCAUGAUUGCUAUGUCCCCUGAGGAUUUGAACUCCGAGAAGGAAAAUGCCUACUGUAGCACUUACACUCACUGUGAAAUCCAUCCAGCCAUGAUCUUGGGUGUUUGCGCCUCCAUCAUUCCAUUCCCUGAUCACAAUCAGAGUCCUCGUAACACAUACCAGAGUGCCAUGGGUAAGCAAGCUAUGGGCGUCUACAUCACAAACUUCCAUGUCAGGAUGGACACUUUGGCCCACGUCCUUUACUACCCUCAGAAGCCUCUUGUAACAACACGUUCCAUGGAGUACCUUCGGUUCCGAGAAUUGCCCGCUGGUAUCAACUCGGUGGUUGCCAUCGCCUGCUACACUGGUUAUAAUCAGGAAGAUUCUGUCAUUAUGAACGCCUCUGCUGUUGAGAGAGGCUUUUUCCGAUCCAUCUUCUACCGCUCUUACAAAGACCAAGAAUCAAAGAGGAUAGGAGACCAGGAAGAGCAGUUUGAAAAGCCAAACAGAGCUACUUGCCAGGGAAUGCGAAAUGCAAUUUAUGACAAAUUGGAUGACGAUGGUAUUAUUGCCCCCGGCAUUCGAGUGUCUGGUGACGACGUAAUCAUCGGCAAGACCAUCACUUUGCCUGAAAACGAUGAUGAGUUGGAAGGCACGACAAGACGAUACACCAAGCGAGACGCGAGCACCUUCCUAAGAAACAGUGAAACUGGAAUUGUUGACCAAGUCAUGAUCACCCUCAACUCGGAGGGAUACAAAUUCAGCAAGAUCAGGGUGCGCUCCGUCCGCAUCCCUCAAAUCGGGGACAAAUUUGCCUCUCGGCAUGGACAGAAGGGAACAUGUGGAAUUCAGUACAGACAGGAGGACAUGCUUUUCACUUGUGAAGGCCUCACACCCGACAUUAUCAUCAACCCCCACGCCAUCCCCUCUCGUAUGACAAUCGGUCACUUGAUCGAGUGUCUCCAGGGCAAGGUCUCUGCUAACAGAGGUGAAAUUGGUGACGCCACGCCCUUCAACGACGCUGUCAACGUGCAGAAAAUUUCGUCCUUGCUCAAUGAGUACGGCUACCAAUUGAGAGGAAACGAAAUCAUGUAUAACGGCCACACAGGACGCAAACUCCAGGCCCAAAUUUUCCUUGGCCCCACUUACUACCAGCGUUUGAAGCACAUGGUCGACGACAAGAUCCACUCGAGAGCCAGAGGUCCGGUUCAGAUUCUGGUGCGUCAGCCCAUGGAGGGUAGGGCGCGCGACGGAGGUCUGCGUUUCGGAGAGAUGGAGCGAGAUUGUCAAAUUUCGCACGGAGCAGCCCAGUUUUUGCGAGAGAGGCUGUUCGAGGUGUCCGACCCCUACCGCAUUCAUGUGUGCAAUUUCUGCGGAAUAAUAGCCAUCGCCAACCUGAGGAACAACACCUUCGAAUGCAAGGGAUGCAAAAAUAAGACACAGAUCUCGCAAGUCCGUCUGCCGUAUGCGGCCAAGCUGCUGUUCCAAGAGUUGAUGUCCAUGAAUAUUGCGCCACGACUGAUGGUUGAUUAAAGGCUCUUCUUCUUGUUAGUUAUAAGCACAAUAAAAGAAUGGUCGGGCGUAAUAAUCAGUGGGCUGGUGUAGGAACCCCGACUUGGCGUAGUUAAAAGUGGUCAUCCAGGUGCAGUCCUCGGCAUAGACCGUCCUGUAUCCUGCAAUUGCAUACUCCUUCCAAAUGAAAGGACACGCGUCCAGCACGUGGUCAGGGCCCGGCCAAGGGCAGCCCUUGAUUAGGUCCGACUCGCUGAUGCCAGUGAGGAGAGGCAUCAAGUUCGGAAACGUGUUGUCUGCCACUUUGUUGUAGCCCAGCAAAGGGACUGCCCCUGCCAUUUGAAGGGUCUGCAAGGUCAGCGGCAGUUCCCUGUGCAUGUUGAGGCGGGACACUGAGUCAAUGCCCAGGACAGCUACACUUAUCUUCGAAGAAAAUUAAUUUUCUGAUUAAUUGCUCCCAUCUAUUAUAAAAUUAAAGAAAUUACUUGGUUUCUACUUGAAUCAGAAUCAGUACAUCGCUCUUCGACGUUGCGCUUAAGAGGAACAAAAGCGUGAAAGUCUUUGUAGACCAAGUCGGGUCGCUUUGAUGAGUUGUAGCACUCUACCCUCACAAAUUCAUAAUUGUCACUCACGCGGUCUCGGUUUUUG